UCAGCGACGUGUGAAUAGGGGUGGUCAUUAACAGUGAAGAGGGGAAGGCCUUACUCAAUCUAUUUGUUUUUUCUGUCCUCGUACUCUCAGUCGUACUUAACAACGCCAUUAUCGUAUUUAACCUGUAUCGCUGGACAGCUGGCUGUUUUUCUAAGCUUUUUAGGGUCGAGUAAAACACCGGGACGCCCCCCUCUUUUUGUUUGUCGGUCGUAACGUCCGAACGCCCAGCUGAUUGCUUCGAGUACCGUUCAAUUAUUCCAGUUUAAACUGAGCCGUUUUGUUUGACUUAACGGAUGUUUUUUUGAGGCCGAAAAGGGCCGAGUCCGCCACCUUAUUUCACCGACUUGUGGACUUUAAAAGAAAGAGGACGUUUAUCUUUGUGUCUAACUUGAGUGCGGGUCGUUUUUCUUAUUAAACGAGCAGGCCCCGGACUCAUCCCCAACCUCGCGUUUCCUUAUCGGUUUUUGUUGGAAGUCAUGGGAGACACCAGUGAACGAAGCAAACCUCCGAGUCUACCUCCCCGAUGUCCCUGUGGAUUUUGGGGUAGGCUGGCUUACUGUGCAGCCAUGACUGAAACAGGUGACUGACAGAGGCCUUUGCAGGACCUAACUCUGUCCAGUGAAACCAUGAAUCUCUGCUCCAAAUGUUUUGCUGACAUCCAGAAGAAGCAGCCGGGCGAGGACUGCACCUCCAAGCCUAUCCAAAGCACUGGGAGUAGCCAAUCGCCAGUUUUCAGUAGUGAGACGAGCAGUAGCAGUAGCCAAUCCCUAUUGUCGUCGCCGGCCUCUACCUCCGAGCAGCCGUCAACCGAAGAGCCCUCGCCCACGUUUCCCAGCACGAGGGAAGGCAUGUCGUCCACAGAAACAGCCCAAGGCACACUCUGCACACCCACAAAACGUCCACGAGAAUCAGCGUCGGGCUCGGAGAGCGAGGCGACGCCGGAGAAGCGGCCACGGACAGACGAGCAGGAGGGGAGCAGCGAGGAGGCCCGCGGGACGCCCAAGCAGAAGAACCGUCGGCGCUGCUUUCGCUGCCAAACCAAACUCGAGCUGGUGCAGCAGGAACUGGGCUCCUGUCGCUGUGGCUAUGUGUUCUGCAUGCUUCACCGUCUCCCCGAGCAGCACGACUGUCUGUUCGACCAUCUGGGCCGCGGGCGCGAGGAGGCCGUCCUCAAGAUGGUGAAGCUGGACCGCAAGGUGGGCCGCUCGUGCCAACGCAUCGGGGAGGAGUGCUCCUGAUUGGCCACACGACGGGACCGGCCAUCCAGUUAAGAUGAGGCGCUUACGAAGAGGAGGAGGAGGAGGAGAGGAGGAGGAGUGGGAGGAGAGCAAGGAGAAAUGACAAAUGGUGGGAGGGGGGGGAUAGAAUGGGAGGGUGGGGGGGAAGAAGAGGAGGGGGUUGGGGGGGGGGGGGGGGACCAGUUGCAACAUCCUGCAUCCGACCCUGAGAAUUCUGGAUCUGAGCUCGUCGCCGCCCUGUUGAUGUCCUGAUUUCCUGCGUGGAGCGUCUGUUUUGGACUCGGCUCUGGACGAAGGCCGCUCGGGGGCCAACGGGGGGGGGGGGUGGCGGGGCCUGGGGGCCGUUCAGCAGAGCCACGUUCAGUAUCGCAUGUUCACACACACAGCCUUAACCCAACCACCCCCCACCCCAGUCUUCAGAGGAUGGACCCUGCAAAGACGGAUUCAGCUGGUCGUACAUUAUGCACACGUUUCUCCCCACAGUCUUCUUCCUCUUGGCUCACGCUGUUUUUCUUUUUUUCUUCUUCAGUACAGAAAGUUAUGGGAGGUGAACUGUUGUAGCGCGUGGCUGAACUGAUCCGUUUGGAUUGUCAUUCGACAACGUUUUUGUUUCUCCCCCCCCAUUUCUUGGUCGCGGGUGAGGGGUCCAGCUCUAUCCCACGACCACUCCUCAGGUCGACAUAAAGGGGUUGGAGUAUCAAACCUGUAACCCCAACCUUCCUCGUCUUCUUCCUCUUCUUCUUCCCCCCCCCCCCAACUUUGAGGUCCAGGUGCAGCAUUACUACCCGUGUUUUGCUCGUGCAUGGUACCAGCAACAGUGUAUUUGUGCAGGUUUGAGUGUGGUAAUGUGAGGCAGUCCCAAGGAUGCUGUCAUGGUUUGAUUUCUUUUCAUUUUAUUUUUUCUCUUUCCCGUGUGGCCGUCAUGGUGAUUAGCUCUGUUUUUACUGCUUAACCACGACGUUGUGGAGGACAAUACAGCCAAUCCCUGCCUCUGCUCACAUGGACUUAUGACAAAAGAUUAAAAAAUACAAAUAAAUGUAAAAACAAAACAAAAAAAAACACACACUAAUGGACAAGAAUCACUCGGAUAAAUCCUCUGUGUAGCAGAUCCUCUUCUCCCUCUUUCCCUCUCCCUCUUUUUCAAUUUCCGGAGUAGUACUGUUGUUUUACACAAAGGGGAGUGCGACUGAGUUUUUGUAUUCAAGUUCUUCGCCAAAACGCCAUGUGUUCAUUUAGAAAAACAAAGUUUAUGACUGAGUGUGUCUGCGGAUGAAGACGAGCAGUCGAGUGCUAAACUGAAUGCAUACAUUACGUACUACCCCUUUUUAAAUUGUUCUAUAAUUUAUUUCUUAUUUUGUGUUUGGUGGGUAGGAUUAGGUGACCUUUUAAUUUCAGAUCUGGGGGGAAAAAAACUUUGAAAUGUUUUCAUAAUUUCUUUUCCUUUUUUUUUUUUUUUUUUACUUUGUCACCCAGAGGCUUCAUUUCUCCUGGUAGUGAGCGUUCACUAAAUUAAAGAGGGAUGAGUUUUGUCCCACAGUUUAAAUCCGUGAUGUCAUAUUGAUACACACAGCACACGUGAACGUUGGUUUUAAGGCUGGGGAAAUUAACCAAAAGCUGGUUAACUUGAUGUCGUAAUAAAAAAAAUAAAAAAAAAUGAAAACCCGAGUUGGACAGCUGGACUCUUGACUCGCCACUUCAGCAACGUAAUCAGCCGUGAUUGGAUCUCUCCGGUUCCGUUGAGCUGUUAAUCGACCUCGUCCAGGUGUAAGAGCAGACGCCGCAGGGCCGCCGUGGGCUUUCUUUUCCGUCGGACCCUGUGGAGGCUGCACACCUAUCGACAUCACCGAUUUCACACUGCUCUCUGGAUCUGGUGCUUCAGCUGCUUUUGGCUGCAGACAUGACGUGAAUCCGUAAAUUGAGUGGUUUUUUUCCCUUUCUUCAGACAUUUGUUUGGUCAUUGUUUCCGACCCUGCUCCAAUCAGCCUACCCAGUCUGAGCGCUUGGACUUUGUGCUGUGCAUAUUGUUCAGUUACACACCUUUUUCUUCCUUCUUCUCCUAAAGGUGUAUUCUACCAAAAUCCACUGUUUUUUGUUUGUGACGUUGCAGAAGCUGACCUUUUUUUCUGCAACUUAAAAAAAAAAGAUUUGGCAUUUAGCGCACAUUGUAGGUGCUUUAAAAGUAUAAGUUGUGAUUUGUUCAAUACAGGUACGGUAUCUCCAUGAAAUGUACUUUGCAGCAUCACUGGAAAUGUGAUUUGAUGAUGUUGAAUUGUAUAUUUAGCUUUUUUUUUUUUCAUUUGGAGAAACAUGAAACGGUAGAUUUCCUUACUUGGCAGAAUAAUCAGAAAGCCUUUUUUAUUUUUUUUAUUUUUUUUGCAAGUUUUCUUUGGGAAAAGUUCAUUCAGGUGGCGAGCCCUUAUAACCAGACACCACUUAACUAUGCUAAUCAUCAUGCACAAGUUAUUGUUCCUUGUCCCCCCUCACCCCCCCCCCCCCCCCCCCCCCCUCGUCUUUCCCAAUGAGAACACAGCGAAGGAUAAAGGGAGCAUGUGGAGAAAUGUCGUAGCUGGUUCUUAUUUUGAUAUUUUGAAAAAA